AUGACCACCAACACUGUCACCCUCUUCUGCCUUGUCGAGAGUGCGUACACCUUCAGCGCAUUCCCUGUCGAGAUCGAGUCCACCAAGACUGUCGGCCACCUGAAGAAGCUCAUCAUCGCCGAGCUACCUGCCAGUUUCCAGCAAUCCAAUGCAAACGACCUGAGACUAUGGCAAGUGUCGAUUCCCGAUGGCGACGACAAUUACAAUCACACCAUCUCGCUGUUCUCAUCUGAACUCCCAAAAAUGUUGGAACUCAGGGCGACCAUCAAGCUCUCCAGAGUGUUUGGAGCCAAGCCGCAGGAGAACAUGAUCCAUAUCAUGGUCCAGGGCCCCCUUGCUGAUGCUUAUCCCAUCGCCAACUAG